CUGUCGCUAGGGGGAAUUUUAAACAUCUUACGUCCAUAUUUUUAUAAAAGCAGCGAAUUUUUUAUACCUCUCAGAAGAGCCACUACCAAAAUACUAAAGGCUAAAGGGCCGGUAAAAGAUCCUUACAAAGUAAACCAAAGCGAAACUUGUAUUGCUUAUGUCUUGUGCACGACCAAUAAUACCAUAAUAACUCUCAGUACGAAUGCUGGUCGUACUCUUGCAGUUCGUUCAACAGGAAUGGUCGGCUUUAAAAAAUCUAAAAGAAAAACUCCAAUAGCCGCCCAAGAAGCAGGAAAAAGUAUCGGAGGGGCUGUUUUCUCUGCUAAUGGAGUUAGAAAAAUCCACGUAGUUUUGAGGGGCAUAGGCCCUGGCAGAUUGGGCGCAGUGAAAGGUUUACAGCAGGGCGGACUUGUGGUUGAAUCUGUAGAAGAUGUCACUAGUUUUCCCCAUAACGGGUGUAGGCCCAGAAAGCCAAGAAGAAUUUAAAUUUCAUUUUUUU